CUGCUACCAGCUGAAACUUGAGCGCUGCAAUUUUCCAGCCUUAACCGCGAACAUGGUGCGGCCUGUUAGACAUAAGAAGCCAGUCAAUUACUCACAGUUUGAGGACUCUGAUAGUGAUGAUGAUUUUGUUUCUGCAACUAUACCUUUAAACAAGAAAUCCAGAACAACAUCAAAUGAGUCAAAACAAGAUAAACCAAAACCUAUGAAGAAUCCCCAGAAAGAAGACAUUCAACUACAAGACAAGACCCCUAAAAAAAGGAUGACCUUAGAUGACAAGCUCUUCCAGAGAGGCUUAGAAGUGGCUCUAGCUUUGUCAGUGAAGGAACUUGCAACAGUCCCCAAUGAUGUACAGAAGUCUCAAAAUAAAAGCAUUGAAAAACAUGGCAACAGUGAAAUAGAAAUAAUGAACAAAUCUCAUAUAUCUAAUUGCAGUGUAACCAGUGAUUAUUUAGAUUUGGACAAGAUCACAGAGGAAGAUGAUGCUCGUGGUGUUCAAGGGAAAAGAAAAGCAGCAUCUAAAGCUGUGGCUCAGCAGAGGAAGAUGCUUUUGGAAGGCAGUGAUGGUGAUAGUGCUGAUGACACUGAGCCAGACAUCGCAACUGGUGAUGAUUCUGAGGAGGAUUCUGAUUUUGAUGAGAGUGAAGAUAAUGAUGAAGACUUUACUAUGAGAAAAAGUAAAGUUAAAGAAAUUAAAAAGAAAGAAGUGAAGGUAAAAUCCCCAGUAGAAAAGAAAGAGAAGAAAUCUAAAUCCAAAUGUAAUACUUUGGUGAUUUCAGUAGACUCUGCUGCAGCUGCUAUCAAAUCAGAAUCUCAGACUUUACCCGAGGAGGCUUAUCAUUCUUUGGAGGUCACUAGGAAACCAUUGCAAAUACACAGUCCUUCAGCUGAAGUCAAGAGACCGAAGUGGGUCCCACCAGCUGCAUCCGGAAGUAGCAGCAACAGCAGCAGUCCAAUGGCAGGAGUUUCCAUUAGGUCCCCAAAUCAGAGUCUCCGCCUUGGCUUAUCCAGAUUAGCACGAGUUAAGCCUUUGCAUCCGAAUGCCACUAGUAGCCGAGUGUGGUAGCAAAGAAAUGUUUGAUAGAAUAACAGUUUUAAAAGUGUAUUUAUAUUUCACUUGUGUUUAAGAUUAAGGAGGGUAUUGUAAUAUAGAAGAAUCCUUUAACAUGUCACAUAAAUGAUCUUAAUCUGUUUUGUGAUUAUGUGCUCUAAAGAGCUCUUCAAGACUUCAAAAAGAGGUUUGUUCAUAAGAAAUACCUUCUCAUGUCAUUCCUUCUGAAGAGCUGUUCUGUUUUCUUAUGUAUCAUAAGUCAUUGUCUUUUUUAGUGGUUGUCAGUUUAAUGUGGAGGAAGUCUGUAUCAUGCGCUGUACUUUUCUAGUCACAUGAUGUUCCUUUGUGACACUUAAACUAUUCAGAGUGUAUCUGACAAAGGGAAACAUUCUCAUUUCUUUCAGGAGAUAGUUUGAAAUCUUAUAAGCUACUUACUUUAUAUUGUCAGUUUUACUGCAAGGAUGUUUGGUAUUUUAACCAAAUCUUAUUAAUAGUAAGAAUAAAGAAUCAUUUUACAUAUUACAAUGGAUACUAUACUAUGGCAUAAGACUCCUACUUGGAAUUUGAUGAUUAUUAUAUAGCAAAUAUAAUGACAUUUUAUGAACUCUUCAUUGUCAAAACCUUAAAUAAAAGUGAAAAAGUUUUGAA